AUGGACGCCCUGCACAUCCUCAUCACAGGCGCAAGCGGGGGCAUCGGCGAGGCCACAGCCCUGCGCCUGGCGCAGCCGAGCCCGCGGUACACGGUCAAGACGCUGGUGCUGCACUACAACAGCAACGCCUCCAAGGCGCAGCGCAUCACGGACGAGAUCAGGCGGGCCAGCCCGGGCAUCAAGGUCGCCUGGCUGCAGGCGGACCUGGGCUCGUCCGACGCGGUGGACCGGCUCCACCGCGAGGCCGUCGCCGCCGCCGGGGCUCCGAUCAACGUCCUGUUCGCCAAUGCGGGGACAACGGGGGGCCACUCGGGCCCAACAGGCACCCUAGAGGCCGUCCCGCCCGAGGUCUUCGAGCAGACCUGGCGCGUAAACACCCUCUCGACCUACCAGCUGACGAGGCUCGUGGCCCCCGGGAUGGCUGAGGCCGGGUUCGGGCGCGUCAUCUACAACUCGUCCGUCGCGGGGCUGACGGGCGGCGUGGUGGGCGCGCACUACGCCUCGUCCAAGAGCGCCCUGCACGGCAUGCUGCACUUCCUGUCGCCGCGGCUGGCGUCCUCGGGGGUCACGGUCAACGCCGUCGCGCCGGCGCUCAUCGAGGGGACGACGAUGCUGCCCGGCGGUGGGGCGAGGGACGAGGAGCUCAAGGCCAAGAUCCCUGUUGGGCGUCUGGGGCGGCCGGAUGAGAUUGCGGGUGUUGUUUGUCUGAUGGUUGAAAAUGGGUAUAUCUCUAAUAAGGUGUGGGCUGUGGAUGGGGGUUGGGUUCCGAGGUGA